CCUGCCCUCCUGGGCAACCAGGGCAGCAAGGACGGCACCCAGGGAGUUGCUCAUGGACAGGGCCCCACAGAGAGAGCACCAAGCCUCACAGGAGCUUCUGACUGCGAAGAGGACCCACACCUCACAAAUUGAAGUGAUCCCUUGUAAAAUCUGUGGAGACAAGUCCUCUGGGAUCCACUACGGGGUCAUCACUUGUGAGGGGUGCAAGGGCUUCUUCCGCAGGAGCCAGAACUGCAGCAUAGCCUACUCCUGCACCCGCCAGCAGAACUGUCCCAUCGACCGUGCCAGCCGGAACCGGUGCCAACACUGCCGCCUGCAGAAAUGCCUGGCACUGGGCAUGUCCCGAGAUGCUGUCAAGUUCGGCCGCAUGUCCAAGAAGCAGAGGGACAGCCUGCACGCCGAAGUGCAAAAGCAGCUGCAGCAGCGACAGCGGGACCCGGCCGUCAAGCCCCCGCCUGAGCCCCGCGCGCAAGCAGAACCCAGCGCCCGCGCCCUGGGGCUCCGGGACAAGCAGCUGCCCUUGGGCUCCUCGCCUGACCUGCCCGAGGCCUCUGCCUGUCCUCCAGGCCUUCUGAUAUCCCCAGGACCAGCAUCCCCGUUUUCCAACAACCUGGCCAAGGCCGGGCUCAACAGCGCCUCCUGCCGUCUGGAAUACAGCCCCGAGCGGGGCAAGGUCGAGGGCAGCUACUGCGGGAGCAGCGGACUUUACUUUGGGGAUUCCAGGCAGCUGAGGCUAGGGGAGCCGGGCCAGGGCCCAGACAGCUACUGUAGCCCCAGUUUCCGUAGCACCCCAGAAGGGCCUUAUGGUUCAGUAACAGAAAUCGAGCACUUGGUGCAGAAUGUGUGCAAGUCCUACCGAGACACCUGCCAGCUGCGGCUAGAGGACCUGCUCCGCCAGCGCCCCUGCCUUUUCUCCCGGGAGGAGGUGGCAGGCUACCAAAGGAAGUCCAUGUGGGAAAUGUGGGAGCGCUGUGCCCACCGGCUCACUGAGGCCAUCCAAUACGUGGUGGAGUUCGCCAAGAAGCUGUCGGGCUUUAUGGAACUCUGCCAGAAUGACCAGAUCGUGCUACUCAAAGCAGGAGCCAUGGAAGUGGUGCUGGUGAGGAUGAGCCGGGCCUACAAUUCGGACAACCACACUGUUUUUUUCGAGGGCAAAUACGGCGGCGUGGAGCUAUUCCGAGCCCUGGGCUGCUGUGAACUCAUCAGCUCCAUUUUCGACUUCGCCCACUCUUUGAGCUCCUUGUGCUUCUCAGAGGAUGAGCUUGCCCUCUACACAGCCCUGGUUCUCAUCAAUGCCAACCGGCCAGGGCUUCAGGAGAAGAGCAAAGUGGAACAGCUGCAGUACAAUCUGGAGCUGGCUUUUCAUCACCAUCUCUGCAAGACUCAUCGCCAAAGCAUCCUGGCAAAGCUGCCACCUAAGGGGAAGCUGAGGAGCCUGUGCAGCCAGCACAUGGAGAAGCUACAGACUUUCCAGCACCUCCACCCCAUCGUGGUCCAGGCUGCAUUCCCCCCACUCUACAAAGAGCUCUUCAGCACUGACAUCGAGGCCCCAGAGGGGCUGGCUGAGUGACCAGGAGAGGGAUGUUUCCCUCUCCCUUCCCUCCGUACCAACCCCAGCCUGUCCCUUUCCAGUUCCCUUCCAUGUAAUGAGACUGAGCCUGGUUUUCUGCCCAAGGUCCCUGGCAGUGGGCUAGAAGCCACAGUGGGGGGACAGAGGGACACCUCUGCCAGCAUCAGCUUUGUUCUCUCCUUUCUGAUGCUCCUCCACGCGCAGCCUGAGGUGAGCUCUAAGGGGCUCUCAGGGCACCAGACUGUCCUCAAGACCAUGGUGUAUCCAGGAUGGAUUGGAUGUGCAGAGCUCAACUUGGCUCAGGAGCUAAAAACCGGCCUUUGAAAUACCUCAUCUCUCCCCCCCCACCAGCCUCAUAGGGGGGCAGGGAUCAAGCUCAGAGGCACCCCAGAAGACAGGAAUCUGAACUUUGACAUUCUCUACCCUGCUCACUUCCCACCAGCUCAGCCAGGAAGUGGUUGGGUGCCCUGACCAUUUUCCAGGGUCUAAUAAACAAACAAGAUCCCUGGAGGGAAAGGAUGAGAAGGGCUUCAAGGCUGGAGAUCAUGUGUGGGGUUGGGAUAUAGGGAGAAACAUAUAAUGAAGACCAAAAGUACCACAGAGUCAGAACUCAA